AUGAAUUGUAGCCCCCCGUUUACAUGUAGCACACACCACAUUCCUCCUCCUCCUCCUCCUCCUCCUCCUCCUCCUACUACUACUACUACUACUACUACUACUACUACUAAUAAUAAUAAUAAUAAUAAUAAUAAUAAUAAUAAUAAUGGUAAUAAUAAUAAUAAUAAUGGUAAUAAUAAUAAUAAUAAUAAUAAUAAUAAUAAUAAUAAUAGUAUGAAGACUUUCGUACUGUAUGUAGAUGACACAGAAAUUUAACGUAUAAAAUACAUGCCUCCCAGUACACUAAACACUAGAAAUGACCACCAUUCAAUACUGAAUAUAAAAAUGGAACCGUAACAUUGAGAUGAAAUUUUUUUGUUAUUAAAUUGUCUAAUACAUGGGUUUAUGGCAAAAUCAUUACCCCUGUAAUUCUAAGGUUUGUCUAACGUUGAAGUUAUGUUAUAUUCUUCGUAUACCUAUGCAUAUGACAGAUUACUUAAUAAUAACAUGUAUAUCCUAUCGAGAUUUAUGAUUAAUACGAUGUAUAUUAAGUUCAUAAUAGUGUACUCUAAAAUUAUACUACUUGCAAUCCUAUAUUUGUAUGCCUAUAACCGUUCACAUUAUCUACAACUAGAUGACGAAUCCUUAAUCAGAAUAAUUUGUGAAUUACGGUUUUCCGAAAGUAAUGUAUCCUAAGACAUUAAAUAGGAAUAAUAU